AUGCCGUCCUUUAAAUUCGUUUUCGCCGCUGCCGCCUUGCUGGUGGCCGCCAACGCCAAGACUGUCAAGAUCAUGGCUACAAAGGACAAUCGAUUCGACCCUGAUUCGAUUACUGCCAAAAAGGGUGACAUUCUCGAAUUCCAUUUCAAAGGACCCAAGCACAGCGUUGUCUCUGGGGACUACCACAACCCCUGCGCUCCUCUCCAGAUAGGAACUGGCUUCUUCUCCGGCUUCCUCAGUGGCUCCAGUGGCAAGGUUUUCCGCGUCGAGCUUGACAAUACCGAUGCCAUGAUUUUCUAUUCCUCCCAAGGAAACGCGUGCGCCUCUGGCAUGGUGGGAAUCGUCAACCCGAGCAAGGACAAGUCUCUGCAGGACUACAAGAGCCGGGCUAGCAAGCUUUCUGAGGGAGUUUCUCCUGGUCAUACUGCUUUCGGUGGUGAACUGUCGGAAAAAGGCAGCUCCCAUGACGACAGCAAAAGCGACGACAAGGACGCUCAGGGCGGCAAGAAGAGCGGCGACAAGCCUGGUCAGGACGAUAAAAAGAGCGACAACAAGUCUUCUCAGGACAUUAUAAGUAGCCGCAAAUACUGCAAGAAGAAUUUGGCUGGAGUCCGCGUCCACACACAGUCUAUCCAUUCAGAUGAUGGAAAUGUGAAUACGGGAGUCACUACAAUCAUUCCGCGUGCCGAAUGGUUCAACAAGGCUUGCCACGCAGGCGUCUUCCGGUUCAAUGGCUCUGGAGAGAUGACGGGCACGCAUUGGAUAGAGGAAACGGGUCUUCUUCAUUCGCCCAUUAUCCUCACCAACAGCUUCGCCGUAGGUCAGGCAUACACUGGAAUCUACCAGUACGCAUUGAAAAACUAUACUGGAGAUGAGGGUGAGGUUGGCUGGUUUCUCCUCCCCGUUGUCGGCGAGACAUUCGAUGGCUACCUCAACGACUUGGGUGUCUUUGCCGUGACGCCUGAGCACAUUGUCAAGGGCUUGGAAAACGCCAGCAGCGAUGCGGUGAGAGAGGGGAAUACGGGCGGUGGUACCGGGAUGAUCUGUCAAGGUUUCAAGGGCGGCACCGGUACCAGCAGCCGCGUUGUCCCUGCGGCGGACGAGGGCAAGACUUAUACGGUGGCAGCCCUGGUGCAAGCAAACUACGGUCGCCAGCACCAUCUUCGCAUUUCGGGCGUUCCUGUAGGACGCAUCCUGGCAGAAGAGACGGCCAAAAAGGCUGCCGAAGCCGGAACGGAGGUGCCCAAGAACGAGGCCGACGCGUCAAAGGAAACCAAGGACGGCUCCAUCAUCAUCAUCCUUGCGACGGACGCACCGCUGCACCCGACUCAGCUUCAGCGCCUCGCGAAGCGCGCUACUGUUGGCCUGGCACGGGUGGGAGGAUACGGGCACAACCCGUCUGGCGACAUAUUCAUGGCCUUUUCGACGGCAAACGAGAUGGCGGUGCAGACUGUAAACUCCAACGUGCGCAAGGUUGACCCUUUCAAGCUGGGUUCGCACAGCAUCGAGACUGCCGAUGACCAGACGAUCAAUGCUCUGUUUGAGGCGACAGCUGACGCAACCGAGGAAGCUAUCUAUAAUGCGCUCUGCAUGGCUGAGACAAUGGUUGGCAAUAGAGGUCAUUGCAUCGAGGCUUUACCUCUGGACAAGCUAAAGGAGAUUAUGGACAGGUAUCACUACUCGGGAUAG